AUGCCUAAAGCUCCCAAAACCAAAUCCAAGAAGAUGCCUAAGGCACCCAGCACUCGCGCCGGCGCCAACGCCGGCAACAAGAAGGAGCCGGCCAGGGCCAAGCGCCAAAAGAAGGACCCCAACGCCCCCAAGCGCGGUCUCUCUGCCUACAUGUUCUUCGCCAACGACCAGCGCGACAAGGUCCGUGAGGAGAACCCCGGUAUCUCUUUCGGCCAGGUUGGCAAGAUGCUUGGUGACAAGUGGAAGGCCCUUACCGACACUGAGCGCAAGCCUUACGAUGAGAAGGCUGCCGCUGACAAGAAGCGUUACGAGGAAGAGAAGGCCAAGUACCUGGCCUCUCUCGAGGCUGCUGAUGACGAUGAGGAGUCCUCCUAA